CAGACUGCUGAGUGUUCUAAAGAAAUCCAGAGGCAGAAAUAAAGUCCCUUCCUGGACACACUGGGACUGUACCAGCCUGAGCAGCAGUGUUCCAAGUUCUGGGGUUCUGGAGGACCAGGAUGACCUUGGAGAAGAAUGGCCAUUGUUGGAUGAGGUGGCGACCUGAAUUUUCUGGGAAGACAUCCAGAGCCACUGGGAGCUGUGAGAGGGCCACUCUCACUGGCUCAAAAUGAGCUGGCCAGUUGAAACCGCUGUGUCCGCUGCUGGCUUCGGGCUCUGCUCUCUCUUAGUUGCAUUUUGGGUCAAAGCUCCCUGUGGGAGGCUGAAUCAGCAAAUUGCCUUCUCCAGUGUCCUGGAGGUACCUAAAGGUUUAAGCCCUGUGUUUAGUUGAAACAACGUUGGAGCCCUUUCACAUUUCUUGGGUUCAAGAACAAGGCUACACAAUAACAUGAUGCCAUGGCUAAGAGGACGGGUACUCUGGGUGCUGAGGAAUGCCCGGGGAUUCUGUGGGCUUCGUGGGCAACAAGCCCCUCUACCAGACCCUCAGAAGCUUGUGGCCACCUGGGAAGCCAUCAGCCUGGGGAGGCAGCCAGUACCUGAGUACUUCAACUUUGCCCAUGAUGUGCUGGACAUGUGGAGUCAGCUGGAAAAGGCUGGGCACCGGCAACAGAUCCCUGCAUUCUGGUGGGUCAAUGGCCUGGGAGAAGAGAUCAAAUGGAGCUUUGAGGAGCUGGGGAAGCAAUCCAGGAAGGCAGCUAAUGUGCUCCAAGGCAUGUGUGGCCUUCAGCCUGGGGACAGGAUAAUGCUGGUGCUCCCACGGCUCCCAGAGUGGUGGCUGGUCAGUGUGGCAUGUAUACGGACAGGUCAGUGAGCAGGGCUGAGGCUACCAGGUGUCUCUCAGCUGACGGAGAAGGACCUCAAAUAUCGGCUGCAGGCAUCCAGAGCCAAGUCCAUUAUCACUAGUGACUCUCUGGCUCCGCGGGUGGAUGCCAUUAGUGCUGACUGUCCCUCCCUCCAGUCCAAGCUACUGGUGUCCAACAGCAGUCGGCCAGGCUGGAUGAACUUCAGGGAACUCCUUCGUGAGGCAUCGACAGAGCACAACUGUGUGAGGACCAAGAGUCAAAACCCUAUGGCUAUCUACUUUACAAGUGGCACUACUGGAGCUCCCAAGAUGGUCGAGCACUCCCAGGCUAGCUAUGGACUGGGCUUUUAGUUCUGACUUUCUUUAAUUUUUGGCAGGCAGUGGGUGGAUUUGACCAAAUCGGACAUCUUCUGGAACACGUCUGACACUGGCUGGGUAAAGGCAGCUUGGACCCUCUUCUCUGCCUGGUCUAAUGGAUCUUGUAUUUUUGUACAUGAGCUGCCCCGAGUUGAUGUCAAGGUUAUUCUGAAUACUCUCUCCAGGUUCCCGAUUACCACCUUCUGUUGUGUUCCUACCAUCUUCCGGCUGCUGGUACAAGAGGAUCUGACCAGGUACCAAUUUCAGAGCCUGAGACACUGUGUGACAGGAGGAGAGGCACUGAAUCCUGAUGUGAGAGAGAAGUGGAAGAGCCAGGUGGGCCUGGAGCUGCAUGAAGGCUAUGGCCAGUCUGAAACAGUUUUAAUCUGUGCCAAUCUAAAAGGCAUGAAAAUCAAGGCUGGAUCCAUGGGGAAAGCAUUCCCACCUUAUGAUGUGCAGGUCGUGGAUGAUGAGGGCAACAUCCUGCCUCCAGGAGAACAAGGGAAUAUUGCUGUCCGAGUCAAGCCCACCCAGCCCUUCUGUUUCUUCAGUUGCUAUUUGGACAAUCCUGAGAAGACAAAGGCAACAGAACGAGGGGACUUUUACAUCACAGGAGACCAAGCCCACAAGGACAAAGAUGGCUACUUUUGGUUCACAGGAAGAAAUGACGAUGUGAUCAAUUCUUCAAGCUACCGGAUUGGGCCUGUUGAAGUGGAAAAUGCCCUUGCUGAACACCCUGCUGUCCUGGAAGCUGCUGUGGUCAGCAGCCCAGACCCCAUCAGAGGGGAGGUUGUAAAGGCAUUUAUAGUCCUUUCUCCAGCUUACUCCUCUCAAGAUCCUAAGAAACUAACUCAGGAGCUCCAGGAGCACGUGAAAAGGGAGACAGCUCCAUACAAAUACCCCAGGAAGAUGGCCUUUGUUUCAGAACUGCCCAAGACAACUUCUGGAAAGAUCCAAAGGAAUAUAUUGAGAAGACAAGAGUGGGGAGAGAUGAGAGGCACCCCCCAAAAAGCCCCAUAAGCCUCUGAAGCUUCUAAGAGGAACUGGUCGGAUCACUGGUUAGUCCUUGUUUGGUGCAUCAUCCUUUCAACCCUUCAGACAUCAAAAGGCUUUCAGUUCCAAAUGGGCAUCUCCAGAAUCAUUGGAGGACCCCGGAAGAGAGCAGAAGAAUGUCACUAACCCAGAGUGCACAGUCCUUGCCAGUCUAGCAUAUGUUUCAUGGCUUGACUUCCCCCUCCCCUGUCUGAAGGCAUCUUCAGCAACUGCCCACUGCACUGGUCUUACUCCAGCUGGCAUCCUGAAGGUCAGGUCACCAUAAAGUCAGUACAUGAUUUCA